ACGCUGCAGGUGCGACGUCACGCGAGACUCCACCGUCAACCGCACGGAUCAAACCGAACCUCACGCGCUUUGCCUUUCGAGCUGAGCGGCACCGAGACACGAUGGGCAAGCUGCAGGAUUUCGACAUUACUUUCAGCCACAACAAAGUGGUGUACAGCCCGGGAGAGACCAUCUCCGGAACGCUGAGGAUCAUCACCGCCAACUCGCUGCAGUAUAAGGCCAUCAAGGUGAACUGCGUGGGCUCCUGUGGCAUCUCCAGCAAGAUGAAUGACACAUCAUGGAUUCUGGAGGAGCAGUAUGUCAGCAGCAUGCUCUCUGUGGCUGACAAAGGAACCCUACCACCUGGAGAGCACAGCUUCCCUUUUCAGUUUCUCAUUCCAACACACGCUCCCACUUCUUUUGAGGGCCCAUUCGGGAAGGUUAUCUACAGAAUCAAGGCUGUAAUAGACACGCCACGCUUCUCUAAGGACUACAAAUGUCACAGACCCUUCUACCUACUCAAUGCCUUGAACCUCAACGAGUUGCCUGAUAUAGAGCAAUCAAGUUGUGCUGUGACAACGAAGAAGUUCACCUACUUCCUGGUGAAGACGGGGACCCUCAUGCUGAAGGCUUACAGUGACCUGAGAGGAUACACUCCAGGCCAAAUCAUCAAACUCUCUACGGAGAUCCAUAACAAAUCAGGAAAAGACACAGGCUAUGUCCUGGCCAGUCUAAUACAGAAAGUGACUUAUAAGAUGAAGCGGCCGCUGUUUGAUUUGCGGACCAUCGUGGAGGUAGAGGGGGCAGGCGUCAAAGCAGGGAAACACGCAGAAUGGAAAGAGCAAAUCAUUGUUCCUCCUCUCCCUCAGUCUGCCCUGGCUGGCUGCAGCCUCAUCGACAUCGAGUACUUUAUCCAGGUUUCACUAAAGUCUCCAGAGACGGCAGUCACUCUGCCCAUCUACAUCGGAAACGUUGCUGUCAACUUGACCCCCACAAGAAUGCCUCCACUUCAGCAUGGAGUUGCGAUGGCUGCCAUGCCGAACCCUAGCCCUGGACCAGUGGUACCGAGCGCACCCCCAGCCGAGGAUGACGAUGACGAAGAGGUGCAGGGUGCAGGAGCACUAAGCAGCGAGGAAAUUCCUACCAAGAGUCACUCCCAGCAGGACCCCUCAGGCCAGGCCAUCGCCAUGUCCCCUGGGGCAUUCAGUCACACUCCGGCCCAAGCUCUUCCCCAGGGUCAGCAAGGCCAGUCAUCCGAGAGCUCAGCGCCUCUUUUCUGUGUCUCCACGGGGGCCACCAUUCCCUUUUUCACUGACGGGAAUGCCACGCCCGUACCCACUACCUGCCCUCUCAUUCUGCCUCCAGAGUAUAGCAGCUGGGAAUACCCACAUGAACCACCUCCCACUUACGAGGAAAGCUGCAGCAGUACCAACUCCAGCUUCAACACCAGCAUGACGUAGAUGACAACACUGGAAAAUGCCUGUCAGCAAAUCUGCAACUUCCCCUGCUGGACACUCCAGGCAUUGCCGUCCUCCCAACAUGUCCAAACUUAUUUAAACGGAUCUUGUCAUUUUUUUCACUUGAUUUAUAUAAACAAUAUUCCUCACUCCUUGGGGUGGAGAAAGGGUCUCUGGAUCAGUGCCUAAUCAUGGUAGCACUCCUGAACUACUACACGUUAAUAAACCUGCAUCUGUGAUGCAGUAACAAACCAUUUACACAGGAUGGGUGUUUGUUAGCCAAGGCUGGCCUUCUGCGACGCUUGUCCCGAAACGCAGGCUGAGUCAAAUCCGAGCUAGUUUUGAAAGAACUGGUCACUCUGAUGUGAUCUGUGAACAUUUCCUCAGGCCUUUGCAGUGUCAGUCUGCGGCUGGAAUGUCGUUCAAGGAGGACUGAUUCGAUUUUUAUCAGCACAGUUCGAGAAAGAUACAGCUGUUUUUCAAGCUUGAAUUCUGAUCAGAUUCUCAAAUUUGUGUGGUCACUGAUAUUUUUUUCCAAUAUAACUUACAGUAUAUAAUGUAGCUUAUUAUUGAUAUCGAAGGCGUUUGGCUGGACGAAGGAGAAGUAGCUCUUGUUACGUUUAAACCCCGCAUCAGAGGUGCCAACAUAUAUGGUUUAACCAUUACCAUAGCAACAGAACUCACGGAAUUCAUUUCGUGAUUUAUUUUGUGCAAAUCUUAGAAAGAAACUAACUAGUAUCCCCAAACAUGAAGAGAACUGAAUUUUUAAAUAUGUUGGGUCAUGUGACAGCCUAUGUUAAUACUACACCAAGCAUAGGCUGUUCUAGAAACACGGCUGUUGAAAGUGCUUGGUGGGGUGGGGCAGGGCAUUGUGUGCUGAUCUAGGAGGCAGAUAUCAUUCCUAACCUAGAUGUAAAUAUAAAAAAAAUCAAAUAAAAACAUGCAAGUAACUGCGUACAUUUUUAUCAGUUCUCAAAGCCCGAUUCUGUUUUGCGUUUAAACGGCAUCUUUAAUAGAGAGCGUGAAUCCGUAUUGCAGUGGCAGCGAGUGCAGCUAUUAAAAAUUCAUGCAAGGUGCUCUGAAUUGCAUGAACACAAAUGUAUUUUCAAGUAUGGAGCAGUGAAAGGAGCGUACAUAGAAACAGUUGUGUGAGAGCAGUUAAAUUCUGCAAGUACUGAGUACCGAGACACGUGUGCCUCCUUUCCUGUCGCUUGUUAGUGUCUACACUUUGCUCAAUAAUUAGGUUAAUUGAAGUAAAGAGCCAUGGUUUACUGUAAUAAAAAACAACAAAUUUGUAAUCUUUAUUAUUAUAAUAAUAAUAAUUAUUAUUAUUAUUAUUCUGACCAUUUGUGUUUAAGUGUAAAGUAAGUAAGUUAAAGGUGACAUAUUAUACAUCUUUUCCACGCAUUGACCCAGUUCCCUGAGGUUUUAAUAAAAUGUCUGUGAUACGUUUUCGUCAAAAUACCUCAAGGAUAAAGCACCACAGAACAAUUCUCACCCUGUCUAAACAGCCCUGUUCAAAACGGCCGGUUCAAGAGGGUGCCUGUUCCUUUAAAUGAUAAUGAGCCACUGCUCACCCCACCCCCUGUUCCGAAUAUUCAUUUCCCUUGUGGGGAGCCAAAUCUGAACAGCUUGUUGAAGCACAUAUUUUCUGAAAUGAGCAGCCCAAAAGAAAUUGACAGGGUUGUAUUUUGUCUGUUUGUGGGUUGGUCAGCUCCAGAUACCCAAAUUUAUGUGCACAAGUAGGGAUGUUCAUAAUUUACUGUUUAACCGAUAAGAAGCAUUUUAACUGAUUAAUGCUAUCAGUUAAAUGGUUAAUUUAAAAAAAAAAAGAUAAAAUUUUGCAGUGUGGUAAACGCACAGAACGUAUUGCUGGGUUUCAGUCACGCGACUUAGCGGUUUUACCGGAAGUGAAAUAGUUGGUGGUCUAAACGGCUGCUGUAGUGCAAACAACUAGCGAUAAGUUAUCAGAGUAUGUUCGUAAUCUAGAAGCCACUGGUCGCUUUAGAUAUAUUCAGAAGAUUGCUAUGUGCAAUAAAAUAGACCCCUACAGUCUGGGAAAUAAAGAUUUAUCAUACGAUCUCGAAAACUACCCUUCAGCCGAGUUCCCCGACAUCUCAAACUGCCUGGUGUUGCAGACGUCCUUCUACACCGCAAAACAGCUGAAAGUGUGGAAGAGUAUGGAGGCUUACAACUUCUUUGUAUGUGGCUGGGUAAAGGACCUCGAUAUCAAGUUGCUGCCGAAUGAAUCCUGUAUUGUUUUUGCCUGUGUAUGUUUUUUGAAAGAUUUUCGUUCACGUCUUUACAACGAAGCGCUGCAAGUUGAAGUGCAAACAAACAACAGUUCGCUUGAUUCUCACUUGUGUUGGCUCUUAUCUCUCAGGUAAAUCGUUCACAAAGAUCAUCAGAAACCCCUUUAAAGACCUGGAUCUUAGUUAAACAAGACGGAGAAGUGAUCACGGUGCACUGUAACUGUAUGGCUGGGUAAGAAUUUUGUCGUGACCUUAAUGCAUAUGGACUUUGUGAGGAGGAAACAGAAACAGCUGGGGACUUUUGCGCUUCAUGACUAAAAAAAGUAACGUAAAAUAACGACACAUAACAAGAAAAGUACUUGGAAAACACUAAGGACGUAGCUGAGAGGGAGAUACAAACCUUUCACCAAGUGAUCACUGCAAACUCGAGCAUGCUUCGACUCGGCUCCCUUCGAUUUCAGUGAGAGGUUCAAAAGCCACCUUUCUCAACGUCUUUUUGUGAAAUCCUAUGUUCAUUCACCCUUUUUUAUUAGUUCACGGGGAACCCUGAAGAAAUUUUUAUCAGUUUCAUGGUUUGAUUGAUUCAAACAACCUAAAACAACGCAAGCGUAAGGCAUUUUUCAUGUGAGCAAUGCACCUUCUCCAUACAAACGCUUUGUCAACUGAGCUUUGAUAGACCGCCAGCUAAAGGUUUGAAUAACUAAUGAGGCGGAUGUGACGUCACAUGAAACCCAGCAGUAGAGAGACAAUCCGCCUUGUUGCAUACGAAUCCACUCGACUGGUAGAGAGCUAAUUAGACACGUUUCCCGAGGCUGGCCACUCUAGCUAGGCGGUAUCUUUGCAUACCGGGGCCAUCAGUGCUGGAAGAUUAACCCCACAGCCUGUCAAGAUGUUGCUAUUUCUGAAUAAAAAUCAGUAAAUGAGUUGUCUGGGUUGAAAUAGGUUAUAGGGUUUUGUUUUGGGGUUAUUUUUGAGAUGUGAAAAUUACACAACUUUCCAUUCUGUUAAAUCGUUGGCUGUUGAUCAUUCAUUAAAUUACAGUACAUAUACCUCAUAGCGGUGCUGGUUUUCAUGAAAACACUCUCCGUGCUUAUACAUUAGAAAGUGUGUCCACUUGCCGUUCAUUUUAAUUGGCCUGAGUUUUACUAUAUUUUCCUACACAGGAGAAGCGAGCUGCCAGAUCUGCCAGUUAAACGUACUUGGCGCUGGAGGAUUAAAUGUUUGUUUCAUUUUGUUCACCUGUUUUGUUCAUUGCAAAGUCUGGCAACAUCUUGCUAAUUAUUUACACAAGUUAUGAACUGUUUGCACUUGGGGGAAGAAAAAAAAAAGCAAAGCACGUCUAAUUUCUAAAGCAUUUUUUGCAAUGGUGUCACAGUCACUCAUCCAUUCUAAAUACGCCGACAUUUUCUUUUCGGUUAACAGUUAGUCGUCAAUUAAGGAGUGUUGACUAUUGGUGACAAAAAAAUCCAAAAUGGACAUCCCUGUGCACAAGUACAGAGAAAGUGAGUUUUUCAUAAUAUGUUCCCUUUGAAUUAAAAAAAAAUGGUUUUGGAAGUUUUUGCGAGUUACCACCAUGUUUGAUAGAAAUUUGCAAUUGUUAUUAUUGGUAUUACUAUCGCUAUUUGUGUGUUUAAAAAAAAAAUCAUGGCCUUCACUCCGGUUGCAAUCAGCAUCAAAUGUCCCCCUGCCCCCCACCUGGGUUAAAUAUUUACUGCAGUUAUUUUCAACAUGGUUUCCUGAAAAAUAAUGAUUCGGUUACUGGCACAUGCCUCAGCAUAGCAAUUACAGUUUUUGACCUCUUGCAAUGGAAAUAUAGGAGCCACUUGGAUUGGAAGCCAUUUUCAAAUAAAACAACGGUCAAAACAAACAAAUAAAAUUGAAAAACACUGAAGGGGAAAGGACACAAGGUGUGAAAGAUGCGCCUUCGCUUCACGCUGACUUUAUCGACGUGAACUCCGACUUAUGAAUUCAUGAGCCAAUAGAAAGCAAGAAAUCAAGUUGCUUAGCACAUAUAUCUGAGUAAUUAAAAAAAAAAAAAAGAGCUGUCUCUUUUGCUGAAAUGGAAGGUGUUUUGUAGUAAAGCCUGAUAGGAUCGUCUUGUUAGCAAUGUUGGCAACUCUGCUGCAAAUCGACUCCAUGCGUCUUUUGCUUCUUAAUGAUUUUCCAAAGACUUUUCUUAGGGCCUGGUCCCACAAUCCCGAUAACUAUAACUACAGCUAUAAAUAAAUCGGUCUCCUGCAGUUUAUGUGGUUGGUGCUCACACCAGACUGAUAACGAUACCUAUAGCCCAGGCCUGGGUUUAUCCAUAUUGCUGAGAUUGCUUCUGGAGCGAUUUUUCCAGGCCUGGACCUGAUCCGAUAAAACAUCUGACCAAUCAGGUAAUUAUUUACAUGUGACAUUGUCUGAGGACGUGCUAGUUUUCCCCGGGCAUCUUUGUACAUCCUUGUUGUAUUUAGUCACAGAAUACAGAUUCAUGGAAAAUAAAAAAUAUAUAAUACGAAGUACGGAGGGGUAGCACGGUGGUGUAGUAGUUCGCGCUGUCGCCUCACAGCAAGAAGGUCCGGGUUCGAGCCCCGUGGCUGGCGAGGGCCUUUCUGUGCGGAGUUUGCAUGUUCUCCCCGUGUCCACGUGGGUUUCCUCCGGGUGCUCCGGUUUCCCCCACAGUCCAAAGACAUGCAGGUUAGGUUAACUGGUGACUCUAAAUUGACCGUAGGUGUGAAUGCGAGUGUGAAUGGUUGUCUGAGUCUAUGUGUCAGCCCUGUGAUGACCUGGCGACUUGUCCAGGGUGUACCCCGCCUUUCGCCCAUAGUCAGCUGGGAUAGGCUCCAGCUUGCCUGCGACCCUGUAGAACAGGAUAAAGCGGCUAGAGAUAAUGAGAUGAGAUGAUAUUUUAAUUAUGAACUAAGGCAGUACAAACAUUUAAUUGCUUUAGACUUCUUAAUUUUUAUCCGUGAUGCAUCAUCCAUAUGAAAUCGGGAACCAAUCUGGAAUAUACUGAAACGUCCGUGACCGAGCCGUAAAUUAUUAGCACCCGUGAUGCAUCUGUAUUAAAAUCCGUAACCACUCUGUAUUUUGUAUCUUUUUUAUUAUAUUUCCGUAAUCCGUGACCCAUCCGUAUUAUAUCAACCACCGGAGUGUGUGUAUGGGUUGUUUUGAAGUCCAGGCUGUAUAGUAUGACCCGGAAUAACGUGCUACUACUUGGAAAAAAACUUCCAUGACUAUUCUUAAGUUGCAUGUAUUUAUUUACCUGAGUGGCAGGACCAAUCGGGAUUAUAGUUGUGGUGUGACUGCUCCAGACUGGAACGAAAUUCAGGCAGAGGUUUAGUCAUAGUUGUAGAUAUAGGUAUAGUUAUAGUUAUCGGUGUUGUGGGACCGGGCCCUUACCCCUUUCAAUGUUAUUCCAUUCAGAUUUGAUGAUGGAGCACGUCAUGAACUUUUAAACCUACUCUGAAACUCAAAUCGAAUGAAAAUAUUGCUGGAAGAGAAGCUUGGAAUAAAAUGUCAUUUCUUUACAAUGACUUGAGAACAUGUAAUAUGAAAAAACAAAACAAAACAGAAGCAUAAAAUCCCUUUGCCGUUUCAUGGAUCAGAUCAGGUGCGUCAUGAGUUCCUGCAUGUAUUGAAAAAUUGAGUGAGUGUCCUGGCACAAAUCAGAAAACGUAUCUUUAGCUGGAAUGAAACACAAUGUUCAUGAGCCCGGGAUAUACAGGAAUUUAUUUUUUUUUUUUGUCAGACUUUUUUUAAAUUAAUCCAGUUUUAACAUGAAUUCCCAGUUGAGGCCUUAUCCUGCAAUUGCUGUGUAAAACUCUGAUGGUGUUUCUCCGGUAUUUUAAUUUAAAAGUUGUAGUCAUCCUUCAGACCCUUAAACUGUAGUUAUUGUAAUUAUUUUUCUUUCCAAAAUUGAAGCACAAAAAGGCACUUUUUAAAUAGAAUUUGAGUGUGUGUGUGUGUGUGUGUGUGUGUGUGUGUGUGUGUGUGUGUGUGUGUGCGCACGAGUGUGUGUCAUCCUUCAACCCCUGAAUGUAGUACAGUAUCAGUUGUAGAUUUAGUUUAGAUUUUUUUUUUGUUAUUAUAGCAACCCUUCUUUUGGUUUUCUUUCAUAUAUUCAGUAAAGAGUGUUAACCUUUUGUUUAGUUUUUUUUCCUCUGUGUAUAAUUUUCAGUACUGUGAGAAAUAUUGACUGGGUUAAAGGGAAUGUUCAUAUUAUAACAAGACUUUGUUCAUUGCUCAUCUUUCGAAGUGAAUCACUGUGCUACAAUGCAGUAUCUCCUCAGAUUGUAAUAAAAUAAAUGAUAUAUGAUUUGAUUAUGGAAUGUAACACAAGGGUUGGUAAAACAACGGGAAAGAGAUAAUAUAUGGGAAAAAUGUAAUCGUAGUUUUCAAGAUAUUAAAUGUGCGAAAUUCGAGAGACAUGUUAGACAUGUUUCUACUGCAAGUAUUAAACGCCUCACUUUAAAUUUUUAAACCUUACAAGAUCUCAAAUACAUAAAGGUCGUUUAAAAAAAAAAAAGCAACGAUUUUAGAUUUGUAGCAGCCUGAGUCAAAUCAAAAUGGUGCUCCUUCAGCUCCACUAUGCUAGAACAUCUGACGGUUCUUCCGUUUCCAUGCUGAACUCUACGUUGCGUGAUGUAGCAAAUGAGACAAAAUGUCAUCCAGCUCCAUAUUACUCAUAAAACUACAGUAUGUCAUGUUGAAUGCUUUCAGUUUUAUCCAAGAUGCACGUGUCAUCUUUGUUCAAUCUACAACAUAUGCCUUAAAUCUAGAAAUAGUAACUGUGGCAAAUGCUGAAAUAAAUCAGUAUCCAUUGUUUCAGGAAGAAAUGGAACAUGAUGGGGGUGUGCUGUUCAAGGAAAAUACAACCCCAAUUCCAGAAAAGUUGGGAUGCUGUGUAAACUGUAAAUAAAAACAUAAUGUUAUAAUUUGCAAAUAUUGGAAAUCCUAUAUUUCAUUAAAAAUAGUACAAAGACAACAUAUCAGAUGUUGAAACUGAGAAAUUAUAUUGUUUUUGUUUUUUUUUUAAAUGUACGCUCACUUUGAAUUUGAUGUCAGCAACAUGUUUCAAAAAAUUUGGGACCGGGGCAUGUUUAAUCACUGUGUUGCAUCACCUCUACUUUUUACAACAUUCUGUAAACGUUUGGGAACUGAGGAGACCAAUUUCUGUAGUUCUGAAAGAGAAAUGUUGUCCCUGUCUUGCAUCAUAUACAAUUUCACUUGCUCAACAGUUUGGGGUCUUCUUUGUUGUAUUUUGUGCUUCGUAAUGUGCUAAAUGUUUUAAAUGGGAGACAGGUCUGGACUGCAGGCAGGCCAGUUUAGCACCUGGACUCUUUUGCUAUAGAGUCAUGCAGUUUUAAGAUGUGCAGAAAGUGGUUUGGCAUUGUCUUGCUGAAAGAAGGAAGACCUUCCCUGAAAAAGAUUUUGUCUGGAUGGCAGCAUAAUGCUCUGAAACGUUUAUAUAUCAUUCAGCGUUAAUGAUGCCUUCCCAGAUGUACAAGCUACCCAUGUCAUGUGCACUAAUGCACCUUCAUACCAUCACAGAUGCUGGCUUUUGAACUGUGCACUGAUAACAAGCCGGAUGGUCCCUCUCCUCUUUAGCCUGGAGGACAUGGUGUCCAUGAGAAUUUCUACUUUUGAUUCGUCAGACCUCAGGACAAUUUUCCACUUUGCCUCAGUCCAUCGUAAAAGAGCUCGGGCCCAGAGAAGGUGGUGGUGUUUCUGGAUAUUGUUUAUAUCUGGUUUUAACUUGCAUUUGUAGAUGCAGUAAUGAACUGUUUUCACAGAUGAUGGUUUUCUGAAGUGUUCCUGAGCCCAUACAGUAAUUUCCACUGCAGACAUGUGUCUGCUUUUAAUGCAGUGUUGCCUGAGGGCCUGAAGAUCACAGGCAUGCAGUGUCAGUUUUCAGCCUUGUCUCUUGCAUGCAGAGAUUUCUCCAGAUUCUCUGAAUCUUUUCAUGAUAUUAUGUACCACAGAUGAUGUGAUCCACAAAUUCUUUGCAAUUUUACAUUGAGGAAUGUUAUUCUUAAAUUGUUGCACUGUUUGCCCACACAAUCUUUCACAGAGUGGUGAACCCUUCCCCUUCUUUACUUCUGAGAAACUUAGCCUCUCUGGGAUGCUCUUUUUAUACCCAAUCAUGUUACUGACCUAUUGGUAAUUAACCUAAUUAGGAUUUUUUUUUUUUUUUUUGCAAUACACAACAUUUUCAGUCUUUUGUUGCCCCUGUCCCAAAUUUCUGAAACAUGUUGCUGACAUCAAAUUCAAAAUGAGCAUAUAUUUUUCAAAAGACAAUAAAAUUUCUCAGUUUCAACAUUUGAUAUGUUACCUUUGUACUGUUUUCAAUGAAAUAUAGGGUUUCCAUGAUUUGCAAAUCUUCACAUUUUGUUUUUAUGUUUUACACAGCGUCCCAACUUUUUUGGAAUUGGGGUUGUAAUAAAAAUGAGCCAGACCUGAAGUGGAGUUACCAUUACCACUCAGAAGAUGAUUAUUUUCCAAGAACAGAACACCCUGAAGACUUUUUAUUAUUCCUCCCAACUGUUCCAUCACCAGCCUCUUGGUUGCUAAGGGGGAAAAAAAUCCCACAGCUUCUCAUGCUGUCGAGAAAGCUCAAAGUCUAUUCCAGAAAACUCCAAAUUACAAAGCAUUGACACUGGAGACUCCUUCCAAAAAAUGGUAAAAUAAACAAUUCCUGAGCCUUUCCACAACAAAAUAUGAUCCAUCCAAAUCCCUGCGAAUUAGCUGUUUCUAUAGAAAUGAUAAUUCGACCGAAUGCAUGAAUAUAAUCCUUCCAGCUGAACUGUUGUAGCCACGGUUAUUGAAAAGGAAUUAAAACCUUCAGACCAAUCGGUUUUGAGGAUUCAACAGCACUGUGCUAUAAUAUCAUUUAUUUCACAAAGGAAUCCUCUACAUUUCUUGACUGAAUACAUCCUGGUUCCUAAAAUGUUUUCAGAGUUGUUCCAGUCUAAAAAUGCAUUGUCCUUCCUGCUUUACUUUUUCAUCACCAAAGGUUCAACAGCUUUAUGAUGUUCUUUAUUUGUCAUGUGUUUUCCCCUGUUGACAUGGUCUCUAGUUUGUAUUUUUCUAUCGGUAUGUAUAAUUAUAUGUGAAUUUCGAUCUGUCGAUUGGUGUUGUCAUCUGAUCCUCGUUCGCAGGCUUUGGAAUACAGUAGCACCACUGUGGAUCCAUGUCAUAUUUCAAAAAACCUACAAUAUUUGAAUCCAAUUUAAUUUUGUUUAGUGGUAUCAUUGAACUAAUAAAAUCUCAUCAGUCUAUUGCUUUACAA